AUGAAUAAAAUUACAAGAUCAACCACAACCAAAUCGAAACUAAUGAGAAAUUUAAUACAACGUAGAUUUGGCGCUAAAGCCUCACAAAUCAGAAUUUAUGAAGUUGGACCUAGAGACGGCCUUCAGAAUGAAUCUAAAUUUGUACCCACUGAUAUUAAAAUAGAACUUAUAAAUAAACUAGUAGCUGCUGGAUUAAAAGAUAUUGAAUCGGCAAGCUUCGUAAGCCCAAAAUGGGUAAAACAAAUGAGCGACGGAGUAGACGUCAUGAAGAAUUUGAAGAGAGCUCCCGGUGUCAACUAUCCAGUUCUGAUGCCAAAUUUAAAAGGAUACGAAAUUGCCAAACAAUGCAAUAUAGAAGAAGUGGCGAUAUUUCCAGCGGCCUCUGAAGGAUUCUCCCAGAAGAACUUAAACUGUUCCGUUGAAGAAUCCCUAGCGAGAUUCAAGUUGGUGGUUGACCAAGCACUUAAAGAUGGUUUGAGGGUCAGGGGAUAUGUGUCCUGCAUUGUUGGCUGCCCUUAUGACGGACCUGUACAUCCGAAAGCGGUUGCGAAGAUAAGCGAACAACUGUUAACUAUGGGCUGCUAUGAAGUGUCCCUAGGUGACACUAUCGGAGUGGGUACAGCAGGCUCCGUAAAGAAGAUGCUUCGUGAAGUACUAACCGUCGCGAAACCAGAACAAAUUGCAUUGCAUUUCCACGAUACAUAUGGACAGGCGCUGUCAAAUUUGCUGGCAGGACUCGAGUUUGGAAUAAAAACAGUGGACUCAUCUAUCUCGGGGCUGGGCGGGUGUCCGUACGCGCGCGGCGCUAGCGGCAAUCUCGCCACCGAAGACCUAGUCUACUUCCUAUAUGGACUUGGCGUAAACACAAAUAUAGACCUAGUCAAACUUAUAGAAGCAGGACGAUACAUUUCCAACUAUCUCGGGAAACCCACAGACUCAAAAGUCAAUCGUGCCUUGGGCGACAGAUUUAAGAAACAAGAAGAUAUUGUUAAAAUAGCCUCAUGUGACCUUUGA